AUGGCCACCACCGGGGCCCUGGGCAACUACUACGUGGACUCGUUCUUGCUGGGCGCCGACGCCGCGGACGAGCUGGGCGCCGGCCGCUAUGCGCCGGGGGCCCUGGGCCAGCCCCCCCGGCAGGCCGCAGCGCUGGCCGAGCACCCCGACUUCAGCCCGUGCAGCUUCCAGUCCAAGGCGGCGGUGUUCGGCGCCUCGUGGAACCCGGUGCACGCGGCGGGUGCCAACGCGGUGCCCGCGGCCGUGUACCACCACCACCACCAUCACCCCUACGUGCACCCCCAGGCGCCCGUGGCGGCGGCCGCGCCGGACGGCAGGUACAUGCGCUCCUGGCUGGAGCCCACGCCCGGCGCGCUCUCCUUCGCGGGCUUGCCCUCCAGCCGGCCUUACGGCAUUAAACCUGAACCGCUGCCGGCCAGAAGGGGUGACUGUCCCACGCUUGACACUCACACUCUGUCCCUGACUGACUAUGCUUGUGGUUCUCCUCCAGUUGAUAGAGAAAAACAGCCCAGCGAAGGCGCCUUCUCCGAAAACAAUGCUGAGAGUGAGAGCGGCGGAGACAAGCCCCCCAUCGAUCCCAGUAACCCAGCUGCCAACUGGCUUCAUGCUCGCUCCACACGCAAGAAACGGUGCCCCUACACCAAACACCAAACGCUGGAACUGGAGAAGGAGUUUCUGUUCAACAUGUACCUCACCAGGGACCGCAGGUACGAGGUGGCCCGGCUGCUCAACCUCACGGAGAGGCAGGUCAAGAUCUGGUUCCAGAACCGCAGGAUGAAAAUGAAGAAAAUCAACAAGGACCGGGCCAAGGACGAGUGA